UGAAAUUCUCUACAAAUUCAAGUACCUCAAACUCAAUAGCUUAUUGAAAAUAUGAUUAAAACAUUAGUUUUAUGGUUAUUUUUGUUGAUCUCCAUUCUCACUUUUUCAGCCUAUGAGGUCAAAGCCACACCACAAAUUGAAGGUUUUAGCACUUCAAAGCAACAAAGGAAGCCUAAGUCCAUGUAUGGUAUGACGUUGGAAUCAAGCAAACCAUUACCAAACACUCAAAGAACAAAUCUAGGAUUGCAUGUUGUUCAACAUACAACGAUGUCAGAGAAAACAAAGACUGUUUAUGGGGGAGCUAAUAAUGUGAAGGGUCCACAUAAGGGAAAAAGUAGUGCAAGCACCAAUUCAAUCAAAUCUUCAUCAUUGUUCAUGGCUGCACUAAGCCAUCUCAUUAUAGCAACGAUUAUAGUUGGUUGCUUCUUUUGAAUUUCAAAUCAUUAAGUAAGAGGCUUGCAUGAUCUGUCAAGAGUAUGCUUUUGAUAUGUGUAUUUACUACACCUACAUUAGACGUGUGUGUUAAACUUUAAAACUUCACAUUUGGUUAGAAAUUUUCCAUUUUGGAAGGCUUGUGUUAGCUUUAUUUAGUUAGGUCACUUGUAGGGUUUGGGGGCAUUUCAUCCUACCCCAUGGAACCUAUACUAAAAAUAAAUGUUGUUUAUUAAUGUUUGAUGCCAUUACGAGAAAUUAAGUAAAUAAAAUUAUAUCUUACCAUUAA